GACAACAACCGGGAACAUUAAACAUUUAGUCUGUCAACAUGCAUCGAGAAAAGAGUGUGAAAGCCAAAGAGGUUAUAGAGGCUUUUAUAAAGUUUAUCUCCGCUCUUGAGGUGGACUCGGUGCCAUGUGCUGAAACUUUCCGGCGGGCAAAAUUCAACAAACACGAUGUGAUGCAGAACAUGUGGGAUUUGCUCCGUAGCCUUCUCGUGAAAGCAGUACGAAUGGAAUGCAAAUGUCAGCACUCAGAUCCAGAUGCCCAGGCCAGGUUUGUGAGGAGCGCGCUGUGGCACUGUGGAUACCGUGCACGUUGGGUGGUGGCACCGCAGGCUGGUGGUUGCUGUGGAGACGGGGUAGGGAGCCGAGAGCUGCUUUUGGCCCUCGGCUGGAUGCUGUCAUCAGGGAGCCUCCUGGAGUUCCUGCUGGGAGAGAGAGUGCUUGCAGAUGCAGCCCCUGGCACUGCCUCCUGCACAGGUGUGUAUCCCUGGCGAUCCCCUGAUGGAUUUGUGUGAGGGCAAAGAGUGUGUUGACAUGGGUGCUGAUGAAGACGGAGACCUGCGGCGUCUGCAGUGGGAGUACGGCAAGCUGCGGAACCGCUGGAGAGCCCUUUUGGCCGCCCAGGAGGAGAGGGCCACACUUAUCCACAAGGUUCUCUCUGAGAUCGGCUCCCAGCCCGUCUCCCCGAGCUCCGAGGUGGUUGGCGCCGGCGAUGCUAGUCCGCUUAGCAAGGAGUUGGUGAAGACAACGAGGGGUAAUCACCUGCUGGAGGCCUACCUGCGGUGGAAGGUUCUGGAGCCUUUGUUCUGGCGUUGGAUGGAGAGCGUGAUUGACAGCCAGUCAACAGACCCCUGUGAGGAGGACUCGGCACAGACGCCAGGGGGCCCCCAGAUGCCCGUGGCCCCGGGCCGCUGCUCCAGUGGGGACCGGGUCGGGCGGAUGCGGGAGCACCUGGGCGCGCUCCGGCCGCAGACACAGGCGUCCCUAGGAGCCAGACGAGACGGGUCAGCAUCCAGACGAGACGGGUCAGCAUCCAGACGCGGCCUCAGCAGACAGCAGGGUAAACACAACAGCACCAACCCAGGUCUAGUCCCCGCCCAACUCCUGGAAGAGGAGAGACGAGUCGCCUCAAGGUUGCACGUCCUCUCUGCCUCCUUCACCCCCACCUCCGUAGACAACGGCUUCAUCCCCUGCCUUCACUUCCAGGGGCGCCCAGCACACCGCCCACACCACGAGCCCCACAAACACAGCUCCCUUGAGGCAGGGCCGCCAGCUCCGCUGCAGGCGUCUGAGGUGAUCCAGGAGCUGAGGGCGCGGGAGGCCUCCCUCCUGAGGAAGCUGGAGGAGGCGCGGCGUGCCCAACGAGAGGCCCUGCAGGAGCGGGCCAACGGACUCGAAGGGGUAAUAUUUAUACCCCCACCAAAGAGAUGCCACACCCCCCCGUAACAACAUCACAGUAUUCCUCCCACAGAGGUGCCUGUGUUUAUGUCACACUUGUUAUGUAGUCUGAGCA